AUACGGAACUUAAAUUACGUUUAGAGCGAUGUUCAGGGAGAAAAAGACGGAAGUGAGGCAUCCGUGGUGUAAAGAAAGUGCGGCUGAGGUUAGUCAGUUGGAUUUCCCCCAUAGGCCUCUUCCUAACCCCCCAGCGCCCCCCGCCUCCAGCGAAGCGGAUGAAAACAAACAGUAGCGAUGGCGGCGCCGGGAGAGGAUCCGUUGCUGGGUUUGGGACAGGAGUUGAUGGCCUGAUUGGCAACGGGAGCCCUGAGCAGCGCCAGUCGAAUCGAGUGCGACGAUUCGCGCGGUGCCGGGGACGAAACGCUCUGAGCCUUGGAGCCGGCAGCUUCUGAGGGCGUGAGGGAGCCGUGACCCGUUCCGAGCGCGGAACCCUCAGCCAGGACGCGCGGCUGGCCGGCCCUCAGGCCCCGGCCUCCCCCGGAAUGAGAGUCCCGAGCCACUGUCUGGCCGGCAGCUUGGCAGGUGAGGGGGACUGUUGACUAGUGCACAAGGGGACCCGAGGCUCACGGCUGUCUUCUCACUGGCAGUGCAGCAACCUGUGACAACCUGCGACCCCUUCUCGUUAAAUCUCUGGGAUUCCUAUAGGCAAUGGAAACUGAUCUCAAUGCCCAGGACAGAAAAGACCUGGACAAGUUUAUUAAAUUUUUCGCCCUCAAGACUGUUCAAGUGAUUGUCCAGGCUCGACUUGGUGAAAAGAUUUGUACUCGUUCAUCUUCAUCCCCAACGGGUUCAGACUGGUUUAACUUAGCAAUCAAAGACAUCCCAGAGGUUACACAUGAAGCCAAGAAGGCCCUGGCAGGACAGCUGCCUGCUGUUGGCAGGUCCAUGUGUGUGGAGAUCUCACUCAAGACUUCUGAGGGAGAUUCUAUGGAGCUGGAAAUUUGGUGUCUUGAAAUGAACGAAAAGUGUGAUAAAGAAAUCAAGGUUUCCUACACGGUGUACAACAGGCUGUCCUUGCUGCUGAAGUCUCUCCUUGCAAUCACUAGAGUAACACCAGCCUACCGCCUCUCCAGGAAACAGGGCCAUGAGUACGUCAUACUCUACAGGAUAUAUUUUGGGGAAGUGCAGCUGAGUGGACUAGGAGAAGGUUUUCAGACCGUUCGUGUUGGGACAGUGGGCACCCCCGUGGGCACCAUCACUCUGUCUUGUGCUUACAGAAUUAACUUGGCAUUCAUGUCAACCAGGCAAUUUGAGAGGACCCCACCUAUUAUGGGGAUUAUCAUUGAUCACUUUGUGGACCGUCCCUACCCCAGCUCGUCUCCCAUGCAUCCCUGCAACUACAGAGCUGCUGCCGAGGAUCCCGGGGUUGCAUACCCCUCUGUGGAAGACUCUCAAGAAGUGUGUACCACGUCAUUCUCCACCUCCCCUCCAUCCCAGUGCGUGUUUACUGUCACAAAGGCACAUUUUCAGACCCCUACUCCUGUGGUGAUGGACACCCUGAGGGUCCCCAUGGCAGAACUGGCCUUUUCCCAUCAACCUGCUGCCCUGGGCGUUGGAUCAACUGACCUGGCUUAUCCAGUAGUGUUUGCUGCUGGCUUAAAUGCAACACACCCUCACCAGCUCAUGGUUCCUGGGAAAGAAGGUGGAGUGCCCCUGGCUCCCAACCAGCCUGCCCACGGUGCCCAGGCGGACCAAGAGAGAGUGUCGACCCACACCACUUCUGACGGGGCCCACUGUGCUGCCACACCUUCCAGCAGUGAGGAUGCCGAAACUGUAUCCAACAGCAGUGAGGGCCGGGCCUCCCCUCGGGAUGUCCUGGAGACCAUCUUUGUUCGGAAAGUGGGGGCUUUUGUCAACAAACCCGUCAACCAGGUGCCCCUGACGAGUUUGGACAUCCCCUUUGCCAUGUUUGCUCCCAAGAAUUUGGAGCUGGAGGAUACUGACCCAAUGGUGAAUCCCCCUGACUCCCCGGAUCCCGAGUCUCCUCUCCAGUGCAGCCUGCACUCUGAUGGUUCCAGUGGGGGCAGCAGUGGCAAUGCCCAUGAUGACUUCGUCAUGAUUGACUUUAAACCGGCAUUUUCAAAAGAUGACAUUCUUCCCAUGGACUUGGGGACCUUCUACCGGGAAUUCCAGAACCCUCCUCAGCUGAGCAGCCUCUCCAUAGACAUCGGAGCCCAGUCCAUGGCGGAGGACUUGGACUCCCUGCCAGAGAAGCUGGCCGUGCACGAGAAGAACGUCCGAGAGUUUGAUGCCUUUGUGGAAACCUUGCAGUAAAAGUGUCCGUAGUGA